CCCGUGGCGGCGGGCCAUGUAUCCGCAGGGGCGGCACCCGGGCCCCCACCAGCCUGGACAGCCUGGCUUUAAAUUCACCGUGGCUGAAUCCUGUGACAGGAUUAAGGACGAGUUCCAGUUCCUGCAGGCCCAGUACCACAGUCUGAAAGUGGAGUAUGAUAAGCUUGCAAAUGAAAAGACGGAAAUGCAGCGCCACUAUGUCAUGUACUAUGAAAUGUCUUACGGGUUGAACAUUGAAAUGCACAAGCAGACAGAGAUUGCCAAGAGGCUGAACACGAUUCUCGCCCAGAUCAUGCCUUUUCUGUCACAAGAGCACCAGCAGCAAGUGGCUCAGGCAGUUGAGCGGGCCAAGCAGGUGACCAUGACGGAGCUGAAUGCCAUCAUUGGGCAGCAGCAGCUCCAGGCCCAGCACCUGUCCCAUGCCCCUCAUGGGCCCCAGGUACAGCUUCCGCCUCACCCAUCAGGCCUGCCACCCCCAGGUAUCCCCCCUGUCACAGGGAGCAGUUCGGGGCUCUUGGCCCUUGGGGCCCUCGGCAGCCACUUGGCUGUGAAAGAUGAGAAGCAUUCACACGAUCUGGACCACCGAGACCGUGACUCCAGUGCGAACGCCUCCCCCUCCCCGCUGGAGAGCCUGCGAGCCAGCGAGAAGCACAGGGGCUGCCCCGACUACGCCGGCAUUGAGCCCAAGAAGCGGAAGGCGGAGGAGAAGGAGGGCUUGAGCCGCUACGACAGUGAUGGCGACAAGAGUGAUGACCUGGUGGUCGAUGUCUCCAAUGAGGAUCCGGCAACCCCCCGGCUGAGCCCUGCCCACUCACCUCUGGAGAAUGGGCUGGAUAAAGGCCGCGGACUGAAGAAGGACGCCCCAAACAGCCCUGCCUCCGUCGCCUCCUCCAGCAGCACCCCCUCUUCCAAGGCCAAGGACCACAAGGAUAAAUCCUCCACGCCUGGUUUGAAGUCCAACCCUCCCACGCCAAGGAGCGAAGUAGCGACCCCUGGGACGAGCAGCACCCCGGGCCUCCGACCGGUGCCAGGCAAGCCCCCUGGAAUGGACCCCCUGGCAUCUGCCUUAAGGACGCCCGUCUCCCUCACCAGCUCUUAUGCUGCCCCCUUCGCCAUGAUGGGGCCUCACGAGAUGAAUGGCUCCCUUGCCAGCCCUGGGGCCUAUGCAGGAUUGCACAACAUCCCCCCUCAAAUGACAGCCGCUGCCGUUGCCUAUGCCGCUGCCGUUGCCUAUGGCCGGUCACCCAUGGUUGGGUUUGACCCCCACCCCCCAGUGAGGACUCCUGUCCUGCCCUCCAGCCUGGCAUCCAUUCCUGGCGGCAAACCGGCGUACUCCUUUCACGUCAGCACCGAUGGGCAGAUGCAGCCAGUCCCGUUUCCUCACGAUGCCCUUGCCGGCCCCGGCAUCCCCCGCCACGCCCGUCAGAUCAACACCCUGAGCCAUGGCGAAGUGGUGUGUGCCGUGACUAUCAGCAACCCCACCAGGCACGUGUACACAGGGGGAAAGGGCUGCGUGAAGAUUUGGGACAUCAGCCAGCCGGGCACCAAGAACCCCGUCUCCCAGCUAGACUGCUUGAACAGGGAUAACUACAUCCGUUCCUGCAAACUCCUUCCCGAUGGGCGCACGCUGAUUGUGGGGGGGGAGGCCAGCACCCUCACCAUUUGGGACCUGGCUUCCCCCACCCCCAGGAUCAAGGCCGAACUGACCUCCUCGGCCCCUGCCUGCUAUGCCUUGGCCAUCAGCCCAGAUGCCAAAGUCUGCUUCUCCUGCUGCAGCGAUGGGAACGUUGCCGUCUGGGAUCUCCACAACCAGACCUUGGUUAGGCAGUUCCAGGGUCACACAGAUGGCGCCAGCUGCAUUGACAUCUCCCAUGAUGGCACCAAACUCUGGACAGGGGGCUUGGACAACACCGUGCGCUCCUGGGACCUUCGGGAAGGCAGGCAGCUACAGCAACAUGACUUCACCUCUCAGAUCUUCUCGCUCGGCUACUGCCCAACCGGCGAGUGGCUUGCAGUGGGAUUGGAGAGCAGCAACGUGGAAGUGCUGCAUCACACCAAGCCUGACAAAUACCAGCUUCACCUGCACGAAAGCUGCGUCCUCUCACUGAAGUUUGCCUAUUGUGGGAAGUGGUUUGUGAGCACUGGGAAAGACAACCUCCUCAAUGCCUGGAGGACUCCCUAUGGAGCCAGCAUCUUCCAGUCAAAAGAAUCUUCUUCCGUUUUAAGCUGUGAUAUUUCAGCAGAUGACAAAUACAUUGUCACAGGUUCGGGUGACAAGAAGGCCACAGUUUACGAAGUAAUCUACUGAGUAGCUAUGACUCCUGUAGAAGAACACGAAAAGGAGAGCAGCUGCGGAGUCCUUCGAUGCCCUCCGGAGGGCUUUAUGACCUGGGUGGAUCUUCUGUGGCGGCCUUGGAAUAAUAACUCUGGAAGGAAUUGGGAAUCAGCUCCGUCCAGCUCUGAUCAGGGGCCACGCAUUGUCCCUGCUGGUCUGUGUCUGUCUUUCCCUUGGUUCUUAGUCCUCACACCUGUGACCAGAAGGCAGCUAACACCCUGGAUUUGCAUUCAGGAGGGGCCACGGGCCUCCUUUCCCCGUCAGACUUGUCGGAACUGUAGAUAAGAGAGGAGCUUCAUGCCGACGCCUCCUUGGCCUGCUAGCCAGCAGCGUGUUGUGGCCCCCCUUGUUUCCUGCUGCUGCUGCUGCUGCUUCCUUGCCCUGCCCUCGUUGUGUCCUGCUUCCGUCUUGCUUCCACUCUGGUGGUGGCUACCAUCCUUUUCCCUCCCUGCCCUCCCCUUGAAAAUAGGCUUGGAGAAACUCUUACCAGCCUUGUCACCAGCCUGAGCAAAGGGGUCCCCCGUGAAAUGGCUUCCUCUGCUGGGUGUGUGAAGUGGUUCUUCUGGCGUUGAGUCUUCUCUCUGGGCCAGGUUUGAGCCUCCAAUUGGACCCUUCUCUCCCGAUCCCGUCGGCAGUGGAGAAGUCGCUGUUUUCAAAGCACUUGUCAGCUGGGGCAACCGGAUGCCUUGUCCACCAACGGCCUUCAGACCCAAAGACGGAGAGGAUGCGUGUUCGAGAACACAACAGUUAACGCUCAGGGACCCAAGAAAAACAUAAUAGCAACUUGUGCUGGGAUUUCUUUUCUUUUUUUUUACUCCAAUGAAAGUAAAGUAAU